GUCUUACAAGCAGCGAUAGCACAUCUCAUAUCUGUGGAUCGACGCUUUGAGCAACUCUCACAAACGUAUAUACCAAAACCGUGGUUAGAUGAGAACCUGGACGAAGACAUGGACCACUUCAGGUCGCUGGUACUGGGUAUUCUAUCACAGCAAGUCUCUGGGGCAGCAGCACGUUCCAUCUCUCGUAAAUUCAUCGCGUUGUUUGAGGAGGCAGGACCACAUCAUGAAGCUCUCCAAAAUCACUUCUUCCCAACACCGAGCAUGAUUUUGGAGAAAGACUUGCUCACCUUGAAAUCAGCGGGCCUCAGUAUGCGGAAAGCAGAGUACGUCUCUGGCCUUGCACAAGCAUUCCAAGACGGACAAUUCACGGAUGAGUUCUUUGCAACAGCACCCGAUACACAGAUUGUUGAACGGUUGGUGAGUAUUCGUGGUCUUGGGCCUUGGUCAGCCGAGAUGUUUCUCAUCUUCAGUCUCAAACGCACAGAUUGUUUGUCGUAUGGUGAUAUUGGUAUUCAGCGCGGUAUGGCACAUUGGCUCGGUAAGGAUGUCAAGGAUAAGCGAACGCAUUCAAAGGGCAAAUUCAAGUAUGUCUCACAGCAGGAGAUGGAUCAAACGUCUGAAGCUUGGCGUCCAUUCCGCUCGAUUGGCUGCUGGUUCAUGUGGCGCGUCAAUGGGAUC